UUUAUCAUUGUGAACUUUGAAUGUUUGGAUCAUUAUGCCAGUUAAAUUAUCUAAUCCGUGGAGAAUAGACUGUGUUUUGUUACGUUAAAUAAUGUCUUGUUUAAUAUCUGACGAAGAUGCAAAAGGCGUGAAGGUUUUAGAAAAUGGAAUAGAACUGACGUUACAAGAUGGAAACAAUGCAGUAUUUGAAGACUGUUGGCUGCGAGACCAUUGCAGGUGUUCAUCGUGCUAUCACGCGGACACUUGCCAGCGAGCGAAGCACAUUUUGGAAAUCCCCGAAUCAAAAAUCACAGACGCAAGCCGCAAUUCUUCACAACUGUAUAUAAAAUGGGAUGAUGGACAUAAAUCUGUGUACGACAUUGAAUUCCUGUCUAAAUUUGAUUACAAAAGCUGGAAUAAAGGGCGUACACUGAAACCCAUAGUAUGGAAUGGCCGAGACAUAGCCCACAAGCUGAUGAAGGUCCAUGUGGACAAGUUUCUGCGUACUGAAGAGGGAGUCAGCAUAGUGUUUCAGCAUCUCCUUGAUUAUGGUGUCGCUUUGAUUGAAGGGGUUGAGCCAACAACAGAAGCUACGGCAAUCGUCUGCAAGGCUCUGGGCGGAAUCCAGCAAACGUUGUUCGGAGGCAUGUGGGAGUUCACCACCAGGGCCGACCAUGCCGACACCGCAUACACAAACCUGCCACUCGCUGUGCACAACGACAACACGUACUUUACUGAGGCUGCUGGACUGCAAGUGCUUCAUUGCUUAGUCCACUCGAAUGGGUCCGGGGGGGAAACUAUACUCGUAGACGGAUUUUAUGGUGCUCUCAAGUUGAGGCAACAUUUUCCUGAAGAUUACGAUUUCCUCAGCAAGUUCCACUUGGAAGCUGAGUAUAUAGAGGAAGGACAUCGUCACAAAUAUGCCGCGCCGGUGAUCAGAGUCAAUGAUGACACGAAGGAGUUGGAGCAAAUUAGGUUUAAUGUCUAUGAUCGUGCACCCAUGGCGUUCGCUGAUAGCAAGCAAUGCAGAGUAUACUAUCGCUCGCUGAGGAAUCUGGCACGAUACUACGAGGAUCCAGAAAAUCAGUGGCAGUUUAAAUUAACACCAGGUACCGUGAUGGUGAUGGAUAAUUUCCGUGUGCUGCACGGCAGGACAGGGUUCUCGGGACACAGGGUCCUCUCUGGUUGCUACGUGUCUCGCUCUGAUUGGUUGGACAAAGCGCGCACUCUUAGACUCAUACAAUGAAAGUAAACAAAUAAAUUUAACUUCAGAUUA